GAUGAACCCAGCUGGAGAAGGGAAACACCUGAUUCGAAGAAUCUAGAAGCGGCUGGAAGCCUCGGACAGAAGGCGGAGCAGAGGAGAGAAGAAUCCAUGGCGCUCACGAGCGUGGAGAAGAAGACGGCGGCGGAGAUCGUCGCCAUGCUGGAUCUGCAGCGCCACCCCGACGGCGGCUUCUACCUGGAGACCUUCCGCGACCCCUCCAUCUCCCUCCCCAAGUCCGCGCUCCCUCCACGCUAUAAGGUAGACCGUUCUGGGAGCAGUGCCAUCUAUUUCCUGCUGCCUGCUGGAGAGAUUGCUAAGUUGCACCGCAUCCCUUGUGCUGAGACCUGGCACUACUACAUGGGGGAACCUCUCACGGUAUUUGAGGUCCAUGACGAUGGACAGAUCAAGAUGACAGUCGUUGGACCUGAUCUACGGCAUGGCCAAAGGCCACAAUACACAGUCCCUCCAAAUGUUUGGUUUGGCGCCUUCUUGACCUGCGACAUUGAGUCCUUCACCGAAGAUGGAAGUGUAUUUGUCAAAACGCCAGGAAGAGACCCUGAACUUCACUACUCUUUCGUCGGUGUAACCUGUGCUCCAGCAUUCCAGUUUGAGGACAACGAAAUGGCAACACGGGAGACCAUGAAGACACUUGCUCCUAAAGCCGAAGCUUUCAUCAACUACCUUGUUCCUUCAGACUGAGUCUGAAACCAUCACUCCAAGUAGCUUGCUCUUCGUGAUGAACUUUAUGUACCAAGCUACUGAUUCAGUACUGAUGUUUACUGCUUGAUCUGAGAUCUGUUCAGGACUCGCAAUGCAGAAAUCAUGAGGCCUGAACCUUGCAUAUAUCAUCACUGUAUCAAACUGGUUGUUUGGUUACAUAGUUUUGACUCUUUUUAUGAAAUAUUGUGAUUGCUGACA